GUCAGGACUCAAAGAAAGGAACAACAUAAAUAUGCAGUUCCAUAAGGAGUACCUGGAUUUGAUUUUGGUCCCAUCCGGGUUGCUGAUCAUGUUUGUUUAUCACCUCUUCCUGCUUUGCAAAUAUGUCAAUCAGCCUCACACUACAGUCAUGGGAUUUGAGAACAAUGACAAGAGAAUUUGGGUUGAAAGAAUUAUGCAGGCAAAAAAAAGGGAUGUUAGCACAGCUCUGUCUGUUAUUUAAUCCAACACUACAGCUGCUACAUUCUUGGCCUCAGUCUCUUUGACUCUGUGUUCCCUUAUUGGAGCUUGGAUUGCCAACAGAUCCAACAUUUUCUUCCAGAGUCAAUUAAUCUAUGGUGACACCAGUCCAAACACUAUUUCCAUCAAGUACAUUUGCCUAUUAACCUGCUUCCUCGUUGCUUUCUCAUGCUUUGUUCAAUCAGCAAGACACUUUGUUCAUGCAAACUAUUUGAUAAGCACCCCAGAUAGUUUUAUCCCAGUGAGUAGUGUGGAAAUAGCAGUCAUACGGGGAGGUGAUUUCUGGUCACUUGGUCUUCGUGCCCUCUAUUUUGCUCUAGAUUUGCUGCUUUGGUUCUUUGGGCCAAUACCCAUGUUUAUUUGCUCAGUGGUUAUGGUGCUGGUUCUCCUUUAUCUUGACUCUAAUUCAAGGCCUUUGCAUUCUAAUCAGUCUCAGGGAAACCAAUUUCAGAUGGCGAAGAGAGGAGGCUUUAACUAGUGAAGUAAGAUUUCUAGCAAGGAACAAGCAAUGGUUGAUAAUGAAGCACAAAUUCAAUAAGAUGUAUGAACGCAAUAUAUUUUCAGAGUAAUGAUAAAUAUUCACCCUUUUUCUUUGUA